AUGGAGAAGGUAAAAGUUAACGUUGUUGUAGAACCAAUAUUAGGACCAGAAAAAUCUAUCAACUUUUCUCUAUUUCAUAAAAGAGUUAAAAGAGUCGUCACACUUCCUUCUAGCGUAUUGGUUAAAAAUAUUUGUAAGAAAAUUAUGACGACAAUGGGAUGUGGAGAUUUAUCAGAUUAUGCACAAGCUGUAAUUUUUCUUCCCCGUUCCAAAUCAAAUAAUUAUGAUGAAUUAUUGUCAAAUUCAAAAGUUACAAUGGGAAAUGUAAAAAGUAUUAUUGGUGAACCAAUAAAUAUUAGAAUCUCAGCAAAAAGUAGAAAUGGGCUUCCGGAUGAAAUCGAAACAGAGAAAAGUAUUUACAGUAAUUUGAUAAAACUACUUAUUAAGGAAAUUCCUGAUAUUAAAAAUGUAUUGGGAGAUUCUACUGUUAAAAAUGCCAUUGAAGCUGUAAACAAUAAUACAAUUUCAGAAUUAUCUUAUGAAUCAAUAUCUCAAAUUCAUAAAACAAUUGAAAAUAAACUGAUUUCGUCAACAUCUACCGAAAGUAAUUAUAAUACAGUAGAGGGAGAAGUAUGUACUGUUAUUGGAAUGAGAGAACAAAUGUUUUCAUAUCCAACAUCUUGGAAGAAUACCAUUGAGACAAAAUAUAGCGAAGAAAGUUGUCUAUUAAAUUCAUUUACAUCUCCUGGAAAAUCUAAAGUUAAAAGAAAUAGAUUUCUAACAAAAUUUAGGAACAUUUUUAGUCAUCAUGUAAACUUUCGUAGAAGUGAAAAUGUUUUCCUAGAUUUUUGGUAUUUACAAGAUAAAAAUCCAUCACUUUUUAAGUGUGAAGAAUAUGCAAAAUGUUUAAAUACCUUUUCAAAGCGAUCACCAAAGUCUUUAAUUAAUGGACAUCUAGUAAAAGAUUGGUUUGAUAAAAAAAAUGAAAAAGAACAUCUUGGGGGACAUUAUUUACAGGCAAAUCAGACAUAUUAA